UUUCCUUGCAAUCCAUGUGGCCUCAACCAACCAACCAACCCGAGGAUUCCAAAACCAUUUGGCAUUUGCCCCCCACACACGCGCGCGCUAACACACGCACGGCACGUAUCACUCAAACCCCCCACUUCGUCCUUUUCUUCAAUUCUUUUCUUUCAUUUCAUGGCUUCGGUUGGAUACAGAUUUUAUAAUUGAAUUCUUACGGUUGGUUUCACGGGUUGUUGCCUUCCCAUCAUUUGAUUUACAGAUAGACAAACGCCAUUCGGUUCCUCUGUCGUUUUCACCAAGACCCAUCCAUCGAUCGGUCCCCAUUUCGAAUUGGUCCCAAUCCCAUUUUUUGUGUCGUUGAUUAGCUUUGUUUCACCAUUGAUUCUCUGCAUUUGGUCCUCCAGAUUUUGAUGGGUGGGUUGCUCACGCUUGUGGAAUAGGUGAGAGGAAAAUGAAGAGUGGAAGAAAGUAGUAGAAGGUACAGAAGAGACUAAAUAAGUUCUGGUGAUCAAACAUAUUCUGGAAGGAGUACGCUACAAUGGCAGUGUCAAGAAAAACUGUUUUGGCAAUCAAGUCUUACCAAAAUCAGGCUCAUGUGCUGGUUAAAAACUACUUAUUAGCAGAUCCCUUUAUCCCAUACACUUCCAUCCUCGGAGGCAUGCUUUUGUGCAAAGUGGCCUAUGAUCUUACGCAAUUAAUCAGUACCUUUUAUUUUAAGAGUUAUAAUGGUCUUACAAAAAUCCAACGAAUCGAGUGGAAUAAUCGCUGUAUUUCCACCCUUCAUGCCAUUUUUAUCACAGUUAUGUCCUUAUACUUCGUGUUCUGGUCAGAUCUCUUUUCUGACCAACAGCACUCUGGCAUUGUUACAUUUCGAAGCUCGCCUCUGUCGGUUUUUGCAUUGGGGGUCUCUGUUGGAUACUUUCUUGCAGAUCUUGGAAUGAUUUUUUGGCUCUAUCCUUCUCUAGGUGGAAUGGAGUAUGUUAUCCAUCACUCUCUUUCUGGAGUUGCAGUGGCAUAUUCUAUGUUUUCUGGGGAAGGGCAACUUUAUACAUUCAUGAUCCUCAUAUCUGAGGUUACUACUCCAGAGAUCAAUAUGAGAUGGUUUCUUGAUACAGCUGGUAUGAAGAGGUCCUGUGCUUAUCUAAUCAAUGGCGUACUAAUAUUUUUUGCAUGGCUGGCUGCAAGAAUUCUGCUGUUCGUCUACAUGUUUUACCAUGUUUACUUACACUAUGAUCAGGUCAUCCAAAUGCAAACCUUUGGAUAUUUCUUGGUCUUUGUUGUGCCUUCAGCACUAGCUAUUAUGAACUUGAUGUGGUUUGGGAAGAUUAUCAAGGGAUUGAAAAAGACGAUAGCAAAGAAGCAGUGAUGAAUAUUAUACAUGUACAAGUUAAUCUAAUUUCUUGGACUUUGUUAGUUCCAUCUUUGUAUGUAUAAUUCUAUUUUGGUCACUGUACAAAUGAUAGAGGUGGGGAAAAGGAAAGAAAAUUGAAGGCAUUCGGACCUUAGCAGUUGAUGGAGAUCAAAUUGUCUUUAUAUGAUUCAAGUGGUAUUCACUUCAGAAAUGGAUAUUAAAUAUAUACAAGUUGACCCAACUUCUUCCACGUA